GAAAUGACGCGGGAUUUCAAAUUCCAGUUGAAAAUGGGGGUUUGUUUUUGUGAAAUGGGAGAUAUUUUUAGAAAAUCAGAAUUUCAGGGUAUUUUUGCAAUCGCAAUUGGGAUAUUGGGAUUUGCCUUUUCAACUGCUUCAAAUCGGGAUAAUCCCGCACAAAUCGGGAAAGUUGGCAUGUAUGAUAAUAUUUACAAGAUUAUUGGUACAAAUGCUGGUUAAUUAAUUUAUAUUUUUCUUUAUGAAAUUAGACAAUAAGUAUUUCUUUGAAAAAGUAAAUAAUAUUUAUACAAGGUGUGACUUUCCAUUCAUAUUUAAUGUUAAAUAAUGAUUUAUCGUAUGAUUUUAAAUCAGAUAUGAAACAAACCUCCAACAAAAAAAAAAAGAUAUUUGAUUAUUUUAUGCAUCUUUACCAUUUUGAUUUACUAUGAAUGAUUUUUCCCAAUUUGAGGAAUAUGUCGCUAAUUUUUCCCAAUUCAAAAGUUCGUUGGAAAAGCCAAAAAAAUCACUGCCUACAUCUUCCUGUUUAUUUUGAUACCAGAAUUUACCUUGAAUGUUACUGACUUAUAGUAUCACUGAUAUAAAAUGUAUGCAUGGAUCCGUAGAUAACGUCAUGGAUUGUUUGCUAACAUUUUUAUUGGAACAUCAUUGUAAAGAAAACAAAGACUAAUACUGAAUUUAAUUGGAAUUUAUCAAAUGUAACAAAAGAAUACACUGGCCAAUGGUGACCAUGCUUUUGUCUGACUAAGUAAACAAUGGACGAUUGGCUUGGGGAAAAUGAUAUUGAAUUGGAAAAAUUGAAAAUUGAAUUGAGAAAAAAAGGGACGAUUGACUUGAGAAAGGGAAAGAUUUGACUUGGGUAAAAUAUGAAAGAUUGACUUGGAGGGAAAAUGAAAAAUUGACUUGGGGUAGGGGGGGAUGAAGGAAAGGGAAAUGAGAAAAAAGGAAAUGAGAAAUUUGAUUAGUAGGAUAAUUUUACCAUAUUGUUUUUAAUUUUUUCCUCUCUAUCUGUCUUUUAGAUAAUGGCUUCGAAUGGAGGUUUAGAUGGCUGGAAUCCCAUGCAGGAUGAUCACAAUGAUGAGGAAUUCAAUGGUUACGAUAGAGGUCCCGGCAAAGACAUGCCAAAGAGGGGCGCUGACAGAUACGGGGGCGUGUCUCUUUAUGUCACAGGGAUUCCCUUGGAAAUGACUGAAGAGGGCCUCGUCAAUUUGUUCAGUAAAGCUGGCAGAUGUGUGGAAGCCAAGAAGAUGAAGUCCAAAGUGGAGGGCACCGGAGACACAUACGGAUUUAUAAAAAUGGCUACGGUCAAUGAAUGUGAAAAAGCCAUUCAAAAAUUCAAUGAUUUCCCAAUUGGGGACUUUAGACUGAGGGUUAAAUUCUCCAAGACAGAAGAGGAACGAAAUCGCCAAGCGAGAGCAAAACUGGAGGAGGAGGAAUUUCUAUAUUCUCAGACCAGCAACAGGAACUCGCGCCCACACAGCAAAGCCAGCUCAGGAUCAGAAUCGGACGGCAACUCGUAUUGUUACAGCAAGACUGGUGAGAAAAUCAUGUUUGGAAGAAAGACUAGAACUGAUAACAGUGGUGUCAGUCCACCAACCUUACAGCGAGCACCGGUCAAGAAACCAGGAGACGGACGAGCCGGAAUAUUGGGGGAGUAUCCAGGUACCAUGGGUCAGAUGUCUCCCUCGUCCUAUAGAGGCACAGGUUCUACGUGUCAGGUGUCUCCCUCGGCCUAUAGAGGCACAGGUUCUGCGAGUCGGGUGUCUCCCUCGGCCUAUAGAGGCACAGGUUCUGCGAGUCGGGUGUCUCCCUCGGCCUGUAGAGGAUCGAAACCUACACAUGUUGACCCCUCUCUCUUUCAUUCUCCAGGAGGCAGCAAUCUUAACCUGAGAUUACAGACUCAGGGGCGGGGCCAGGCAGUCAGCCCCAAUCAAAAUGGGUCUGCAUUCCAUGGCAACAGGACUCAGGAUUUGUAUGAGCAGUCCGGAUAUGCCAGUGAACCUAAUUUUGGCAUGCAGAUUAGGUCUAAUGGGGAGUUCCGUCAUGUGCAGGGUAUUGGGCGGGGGGAUUUUAGAGGCUCAAUGAGGGGAAAUUUUAGGGGUAGGGGGAAUAUGGGUUAUAUUAGAGGAAGGGGAAAUUUCAAUCCAUAUUAUCAUAACAAUUACGCUGAUUAUGGAGGUAGAGGAAGGGGAAUGAUGGGAUUCCGGGGGCGGGGCAUGAACACAUGGCACAAUAACUACUACCAAAGUGGAUACAGAGGGCAGGAAGCCUGGCAGAAUGUUGACCCGAACUACAAUCCCAGAGGAGGAAGAGGAAGAUCGCCCCGCGGAGCAAGAGGGGGCCAGCCGAUCUCGAGACCGGAGAGAAGACCAGUUGAGGAACGCCCGUGUGUGAAUUGCGGAACAGUGGGUGCAUUCCAGUGCAGCAAGUGUAAGACUCCGUACUGCAGCAAUGAAUGUCAAAGUAUUCACUGGAUAGAACACAGACUGAGCUGUGUCAGUAUAGCGAGAGAGCUGGAAGACGACAACUUUGAGAGCAGAUUUGAGAUAACUGUGGGCGAUGAUCCUGUCGUGGAGGAAAUGAAAGCUUAUGCCAAAAACCUUUUACAAGAGGAGUAUGAAGUACAGGCUAAAAAUAGAAGUCAGGUGUCUCCAAAAGUCAAACAGCCGAGUGCUCCCCAGCAACGAAGACUGAGUCAGUCGUCACCCAGACAGAGUGGGAUGCCUCCAGGCAGUGGUCAGCCUCCACAGAGUGCACAAAGGUUAAGCAUGUCUCCAGCACCCAGUGUCAGCAGUGCACCAUCACCGAGAGUUAAAUCGACUCCUCCAGAGCAUCAGAAGUCCAAUAAGAUCGAAUUGAGUGUCCUGGAAGUUGGCCAGGAGAAUGAGAUGAUCGUGUGUGAUGUGGAAGAUCCCAACAGAAUUAUCCUUCAGUUCUACAAUGCACAAAAUCUGCAAACAUUAACAGCUAAUGAUGCUGAAAUGAAAAUGGUGCUGGAUGAAGACAGUCAUUUUGUGCCUGACCCAGCGAUGGGUGAGUUUUACGCUGGUCAGUUCACAGAUGGGAGCUGGUAUCGAUGUCGAGUGGACGCCCUACAUCCUGGUCAGCAAGUUAGCGUGACUUACAUAGACUACGGCAACAUGGAAACCAUACCCUACAGCAAGCUCCGGAACCUACAGCCGCAUUGGUGUCACUUACCAGGACAGGCGAUGGUGUGCUCUUUGGAUGGCGUGAUGCCUCAGAUGGAUUCUAAGUUCUGGAGCCAGCAAGCUGUCGACAGAGUUAAAGAGCUGCUUCCUCUGACAGUCAACUCGGGAAGAAUGUCCAAGGUCGCCUGUGUAGGCAAGGAUGAGAAUGCCACGUUUGUCAAAGUAUUCGACGCUAAUGGUCUGGAUAUCAGCGAGAUUCUGAUAAGUUCAGGUUUAGCAGGCAAAGGAAAUCUCCGAAAGAGAGGACCGCAGUUUAUAUGUAUUGAUGCCAAAGACAUUGAGAACCAAAUGUUAAAGUGGGUGGUCGGACAGAAAUACGCAGUGCUGAUAACAGAGAGAGACACACCCUUAAAUUUCUAUGUUCAGAGAGUCGAAGACAUGCAGACCUGCAUGGCAUUUUGCAACAAGGUGAAUGAGGAGUGUCUCGAAAUAACGACGGACAGCUAUCGCCCAAAGAAAGUUGGGGAAGUGGUCUAUGGUUUGUAUGAUGGGAACUGGUUUCGAGCAGAAGUCCUCAGCUUAUCAGAUCAACAAGCCAAGAUUUAUUUUAUGGACUAUGGUAAUACUGAACUGGUUACCUUUAAAGAUCUCCGACAAGCCACCAGUCUCUGCAGGGAUCAGCCCGCUUUCUGUGUACAUUGUGAAUUGGUGGGGGUGGAUCUAACAGAAGCAGAGGCAACUACCAAACUAUUUAAUGAACUAACUCAUGAAAAAAGUCCAAAAGAACUAGCGAUGAUUUACAAGGGCAAAAAACGGGGUAAGGCAAUUGUGGAUUUUCUUGAUGACCAAGGAGAGUUUUUAUCUGUGGUCAUCUCAAGGUUUCUGGCGCCUGUGAUGGCGGAAGAUGUGUUGCCCAACACUCUACUGAAGAGUGGUGAUCCGGUAAAAGGCAUCAUCAUGGUCAUCAAGUCUCUUGCCUCUUUUUACGUCCAGUUUGACACUAACGUAGAACAGAUUAUGCGAGAAGUCGCUGAAAUUUGUUCAAAGGAUACUGUUCCUUACUCACCGAAGGUUGGGGAAAUGGUCUUGGGACAAUUUGCGAGUGAUCAGCAAUGGUACAGAGCGAAAGUGUUGAAGGUUGCUGAUGGAGAGCUCGAUUUGCUGUACACGGAUUUUGGCAACCAGGAGACUGUGAUGAAAUCAUCUGUCAGGAAAUUUCAUCCCUCUCUAUCCAAGUACCCACACCAAAGUAUUCACUGCAAACUAGCCUCAAUUCAAGAGUCCAUGGAAACACCAGAGGUGCUUCAAUCGUUUGGAAGCUUGUACAACUGCAAAGUACAGAUCAAGUUGAAAGGCCCAAGCACUGCUGACCUGUUGGAAGUGGACGUCCUGCUGGAAGAUGGCAGUAAUGUUAACGAGACAAUUGUUCAGUUGUUUUCUAGCCCUGCAGUGUCCAGUCCCCAGCCUACCACUGAACUCCGCUUUCAGAAACCGCAUGUACCAUUCGAUGGAAGUCGGGUGGAAUGCACGUUGAUUGAUUUUCAAAACUUUGAUUCAUUUUACUUGCAAAUAAUUGCAACCAACGAUCUUGAAAACUUAAUGAGCCAACUGGAAAGUUUAAAUAAUGAUCAGACUCCUCAUUGUCCAGGGGUGGGGGAAGAUGUCUGUGCCUUGUUUUCUGAGGACAGGAAAUGGUACAGGGCUCGAGUAGUGAAGUCCGAGGAAGAUUCAUUUAUGGUGUUUUUUGUUGACUUUGGAAACAUGAGUCAGGUCACUGCCAAUGAAAUCAGGAAACUGAAACGUGCUGAAUAUGUGCAACUCCCCUGCCUAGCAGUUCACUGCAGGUUGGCUGUGUCUCGACCUCUGUCUCUGUCAGACGAACUGAAAGCAAAAUUCGGUGAGCUUGUUCUCGCUGGCUCCAUUUUCUUCCAAGCUGUAUCAGAACAGGACGACUUGUACAGCAUGAAAUUGUUCACGGGAGAUGGCACCUGCAUUAAUGAUGUCCUCGCUGGUUUGUCUUCUGCUGCAGCACAACUGGCUUCUGAAACUUGUGAUCCGGCAAUCAACGGAGUCCAGGACCACACAGCAGCAGAAUCCAGUGUAAAUACAAGACCCAAGAUUCCGGACCUGGAUUUCCCUGUCGAUGGCAAGAAACUGCCUUUCCUUGUCACAGACAUCAAGAGUGUGGACUCCUUUUAUGCCCAUUACUAUACAGAUGAGAGCUGUGAAAAAUUUAGCAAUUUAUUGGAAAAAAUGAACAGAUAUUGUGCAGGUAUUUCAGAUCCCUAUAAUCCAGUGCUGGGAGAGGAAGUUUGCUGUCAGCUGGCCUCAGAGCAGUGGUCAAGGGCACGAGUUGUGGACAUUAAUGACUCCUCAUAUGAUGUGCUGUUUGUUGAUUACGGAAGCUCACAGACCGUGCAGGCAAAUGAAAUUCGUAAAGCAGACGUCGCCUUUCUUUACCUUCCAAAGCAAGCUAUUCAUUGUAAGCUAGAAAGCGGCAUAAGUAGGAAUUCUUCCGAAGUUCUUGAAGUUUUUGAUUCAGCCGUAAGCAAUAAGCUGAGUUACAUCCAGAUCCUGAGGAAGGAGGGUGAUAUUUACGACGUCCACGUCUCCACCGAUGAGGAGGAUGUUUCAGACACUCUGCGGAAGAUACCAGAUUCUUUUGUUCCCCGUGUCUUGCCAGUUUCCGCUGCAAGGGAACCUUGUGUGUGUGUGGACCUGGACAGCCUUAAAUCUUUUCACAUACAACUGACUGGCCCCUCGCAUAAAGAUAUUCUAUCUGCUCUGGAGAAGAAUAUAGCCUGUUUCUGCGAGAAACCCUCUUCUCCUUACCAGCCGAGAAAAGAGGAGAUUGUUCUCACAAAAUUCUCAGAUGGAACAUGGUACCGAGCGCGAGUGUUGGAAGUGAUGGAGGGUGCAAUGUGUAAAGUUCGGUAUAUUGACUAUGGUAAUGUGGAUUUUGCAGCGCCAACGGACAUAAAAGAAAUUCACCCAUCUCUCCUCUCUGUGACAAACUUUUCUAUUCAUUGUAAACUGUCAGGAAUUGAAAGCAAUGAGUUGCACCAGCUGGCCUUGGCUCAGUUUGGAAAUCUUGCUUCCAAUCUCAUACAGCUAGAAGUUGUUGGCGUAAAAGACUAUCUGCAUGAAGUGAUUCUCUUUACGGAAAAGGGUGAAAAUAUCAAUGAGAGUGUGUUACUGGCUAUGGCACUGUCCGAUCUCUCAGCAGAGCCCCCCGCCCUUUCACAGACUUCUCCAGUAGUCAACCAGUCGGGGGAUUCCCCAAAGCUCGAAGCAGCAGGUAAUGGGAACAUUCGUCUCUCCGACAUGUCCAAGAUGGAGCCUAAAAGUGAGGAGUUUCAUGUUAUCAUCACGUCCAUCGAUUCCCCGAAAGAAUUCUUUUGUCAGCUGGCCGAUGAAGAAGCUCUAGGUAAAUUGUCCUUCAUCAUGCAGACCAUGAUGGUGUAUUGUGAGACCGAGCCAUUUGAUCCGCGGCACAAGUACAUCGUGGGCGACAUCUGCUGUGCGUUUUACAGCCUCAAUACUUCAACAGAUGGGGGCUGGUACAGAAGUGUUAUAACAGAGACGCUUCCUGAUGAUACCUACAGCCUGCAGUAUAUUGACUUUGGAAACCGAGCCACCCUACCCUCCAAUCAGCUACGGCCAAUGAAACCAGACUUCAUGGAACUGCCUAUUCUGGCUUUUAAGUGCUCACUUGAUGGUAUCUUGCCCUUGGAAGGAUCAUGGUCUAUUUCUGCAAAUGAAACUCUGGGCCAGUUCCUUGACGUUCUUCUCGUGGCUCGGCUGAAGAAUCGUUGUGGAGAUGUCUUCGUUGUUCAGCUCGCUCAGUUGGGACAGGAUGAGUCUGAGAUAAAUGUGGCGGAUCACAUGGUGGCCUCAGGUGUUGCUCUCUCCCAGUCCAGAGCAGUGGACCAAGCUGCUGCAAUUCAACAACAGAUAGCAGCGCUGCAGGCCCAGCUAAAGGAGCUGAAUUCACAGAAGUGAACAACUUCAGAUUUCACGAAAAUGAAUGACUUUUGUCUUAGCCAUCCUGUCAUUCAGAAGAGGAACAGACUGAUUAUUUUCCUGUUACAAGGGGGAAAAUGUGUGAAAAAGAUAAUGCCUAUGUUAAAAAUGUUUUAAAUAGAACAAUAGUGUACCACAUAUUAUAAAGUUAAUAUGAGUGUAAUCACUUUUAAAACUGAAUUUUUAAGUUCAGUCUUGUAAUGGUACAUAUAAUAUCGAUUUUAAUGAGGGUAUAAUUACAUGUAUGUAUUAAUUCUUAAGGUCAGUCUCGUAAUGGUACAUACAGUCUUGUAAUGGUACAUACAGAUACCUUUCGAUUUUAUAUAAUGUAUAAUUACAUGUAUGUAUUAAUUUUUUUUCUGUAAAAGACAGAAACGCUUCCUUGAGGUUUCAGACUGGGAAUUUUUUUUGGUCUGCGAGACAGUUUGUCCAUUAUCUUGUUUUUCAACUGUAAUUCCCAAGUUGUUGUCUGUAUACCUGACUUGUCAGUCUGUAUACUUGACUAGUUGAUUUGUUUGUUUAACACAAUAGCUGUAAUGGUGAUUGCAGAACAUUGUAGAACAGAAUAGGACACAUUCUGUAGUUUAUAUGCCUUGCGGUAAAGCUUUUAAUUCAGUGACCAUGGUAAAGCUGUGAAUCCAGUUGCCAUGGUAAAACUGAAUCCAGUCGCCAUGGUGAAGCUGUGAAUCCAGUCGCCAUGGUGAAGCUGUGAAUCCAGUUGCCAUGGUAAAGCUGAAUCCAGUCACUAUAUGGUAAAGCUGUGAAUUCAAUGGCCAUGGUAAAGCUGAAAGUUGUCACUUUUACACUUAAACAUUUACAAAUAGAAUUUUUUUUUUUUUUUAGAUUCUUGGGCCAUAUUUUUUUUUAAAGCUGUAGCAUGGUGUUGCAGGAGUUAAUCUCUUGUUUGUAUACAAGUAUUAUCUUUUUUUCCCCAUACACUUUCAUCAUUCUCUCAUCAUCGUAUAGUAUAUACUGUUUACAUUCUUGAACAUUAUUUGUCAUAUAGAUUUGAAACUUUACAAUACUUCGAUGUAAUUUAGUUAUGUGGAUUCUUUCCACCCAAUCUGGUGGUGCGAUGGUGCCAGAGAAUCUGGUGGUGCGAUGGUGCCGGAGAAUCUCGUGACCUGUAUUUUAUCCCUGUUCAGCUUCUACAGCUGUGUCUGUGUUAAAGGGACAUGGACACAAUUUGAGCUGAAAAUUUUUCAAAUUUUAUUUUUCCGUUUUUAUUAUUUACAAUUCUUAACUAAAGUAUUUCUAAUCGUUAUCCAAAAUUUGUGAAUAUCAGUAGCUGAGUUACAAGUCAUAUACAACACUCAUAGUUAUGUAAACAAGGCUCGUGCCACGUUAAAGUUUGCAUAUAGAUUGCUCAUUAUAAAAUAUCACGUUUAAAACAAAAUAGGAUGUAUCAAACACUAGUAACUGUUUAAUUGUGUUCAGAAUUAACUUGUAUUUUGAAAAAUCUGCUUUAAACGAAUUUUUACUAGUAUAUUUAACCUAUGUAAACAAACACAUGGCACGAGCCUUGUUUACAUAACAGAGAAUUGUGAGCUCUGUAUCUCCAAUGUACCUUGACACCUGACAUUCAAAUUUUUGCUGACCAUUAGUAAUACCUUGUUGAAACAUUAAAAAACGGAAAAAUAAAAUUUGAAAAUUUUCUUCUCAAACCGUGUCCAUGUCCCUUUAAAGGACUGCAAAACCUACUGCUUACUGCUGUACAGGAUUUCUCAAGCUAUAAACAUUUUUGGGUGCAGAUGAGGUCAUGUGAUCUUGGGUCUUGUAAAUGUUGCUCACUCUCCAACAUUUUGUCUUGUUCCUGUUGAUGUACAUGUACAUUUUGGAUUUGAUUUUUUUUAUUGCAAUUUUCCCUCCUGAAAAAAUGCAAGAAAAGUAGUGUUCUGUGUAAAUGGGCAUGAUAACUUGGAAAGAUAUCAGAAGUUGUAUGGAUGGAAUUGUAAAGAUGGAAAUAAGUGUCUAAGUUGAGGUCUUGAGUAUAAGGUAUAGGUCUGAUUUGGAACCACCACCACCCCCCACCCACCCCAAAAAGAAUUUCAAAAUUGUGAUACUUUUUAUGAAGAGUGUAUCUUUAUUAUUCUUGUGAAUCUUAAUUAUAAGAAAUGAAAUGCUGGUAAUUCUAAGAAAUGAUGUUACAAGUACCAGACUUUUUCCCUAUUAUUUUUUUUUAAGAAGAGCAGAUAUUUAUUUUUUUUGGUACUAUUUUUCACAAAUACAGAGCACUUCCUAUGAACAAUAAGAAUUUUGAAACUUCAUAUCUAUUAUUCAGAGGGAAAUCAAUGGUGGAAAUAUUACAAACACUUUCUUUGAUGUUAUUGAUACAACAGAAUUGCAGCAGACGAUUGAAUACGUCAUUUCUAAUGCGAAAGUACGGUGUGAAAUUGCUGACAGAUCUACUGGUUUUAUCACCAUUUAAGUUGUUUUAUAAACCAACAUAUCUACUCUGUAUAAAAGAGCUUGGAUUUCAUCUGUAUUUCUAAUUGGGCCCUUGUUGUACAUAAUAAAUCGUAUGAGUUAUCACACUAGAGGAUAGCUAGAGAAAUAUGGAGUACUGUAGAUGGGGCAAAUAUUCUUGUAUUCAUAAUUUAUCAUUUUUCUGUGAAAAUAAAUCUACAGUGAAUAGAUAAUACAGUAUAUUGAAAAUAUUUCAAUGCUAUCGUCAAAAUUGCAGAAGGAAAUUUCCCUAUAAGGUGAAAUUAAAACCAUCACAAAUGUGCCCUUGUAAAAAUAAAGUUUUAACACCGAGGAAUUAAAACAUUUGGCAUUUAAAAAAAUAAUGUAAUUCACAUAACAGCUAGAAUCCUCCAAAGCCACUGUUUAUUGAAUUGGAAAUAAGAAAUCUGUGGAAAUUUCGAUCAACCACCUCUGACUUUUUUUAGUUAUGGCAUUUCCUGUAAAAUUGACCACACAAACAUUUCUGUCUUGCUGUGUCUUUUCCAAAUGUUUGUCAACAAUUGAUUUCUCUACACUAUGAUCUAGAAGUCUGAUCUUGAAGUUCCCCAAGCAACAGUGAUGAGUCAUAUGACAUGUACUCAUUGUGUAUAUUGUUAUAUACACGCCUGUAGUAAUGCACAUCUGGGCUUUUUAUGUUGUCUUUCAGAACUGUAGAGCACCACUCUCCCAUUGAUUGGAAUUGUCUAUCCUUUAGUGGAGCUCGAGAUUUUUGGGGGGAGUUGUCUGUUCCUCUGCUUCAUCAAAUAGAGAACAAGUGAAAUAUUCCACAUAUUUCCAGCUUCUUUGAUGGUGAACUUUUGACCCAGCUUCUAUGAUGGUGAACUUUUGACACAUUUUUCUUCAAUUGUUGUCGCUCUGUUUUCAUGGCGUUGUUGUUUGCUCAUGGGGGAAAAACUCCAGAACUCCCAAAUGUUACAAUUAAAAGGAAGUAUUCAUGUACACAUAUAAUAUAGAAGAUUUAACUUGUCAGAGCUUGCUGACAGGAAAGAAUGAAUAGAAAACUACGAAUAGAAAACUACUAAGAUGGAAAUACUUAUGAAGAGAUGUUUGAAUUACAAAUUAAUUUUUAUUUUAAUGCCGACUGGAGUAGGUAGUUCAGACUCUGUAUUGCUUUUCAUUUUUUGAUAACUAGAUUUUUUGUAGAUAUGAUUUAAUAGUAUUAUGUUUGUAGCAAAGUAGUGCUGAUUUUACACAAGUUUGUCAAAACUUUGUUUUUAGCUCACCUGAGCUAUCUGGUCAAUUUUGUCAAUUGUUGUCAUUCAAUUUUCACUUUUAACAAAUUCUCCGGAGCUAUCCUUAGAUAAAACGGGAUUCAGGUUUUUUUUUUAUUAACUGAAGAUCCAUCUUUGUAGUGUAGUAUAUGUUGAAACCAUGAUAGGGCCUCAGUAGUUAGAAGUUUUACAAAUAGAAAUAUGUACGAAAUAUCUAUAUCACUCGGUUUCUCAACCACCACUAGGUUAAAGUGUGCCCAGGUGAUAGGGAAGUGAUUGAAGUUUGUUUAAACCAUUAGGCCAGGGACACAAUAUAGGAAUAUACCACAUGGUUUUCAAAUUAAUAGGGAUUUCUUAUAUUCUCUAGAGCAAUGUGUCAGCUAGAUUUUGAAAUACGUAGCCAUAUCUUGUAUUUCAAAAUCGGAAUUAUUCUAAAUCAUAAUCAUGAAUUUCAUGAUCGGGACUGCUUAUGAAGAAAAAAAAGGAGGGGGGGGGGGGGAGUUUACAUAAUUUUUGGUGGACAUAAACGAAGAAAAAGUCCAGAUCAAACUGAAGAAUUUAUCUGAAUAUUCAAGCAUUUUUAUGUUGUGUGGAUUCAAGUGAUAUACACCAUUUCCCCGUCCAAGCCCAGUUUGAGGUAUAAAACCUUCAUGGUGUCACUGGGGGAUCAGAGCAGGUUCACAGUUUGAAGAAAGUCUUCAUCUCUAAAUGAACAAGGCUACCCAGGUGAGCUUUGUGGCACAGGGGUCUCUCGAAUUAUUUUGUAUUCCUGUAUAAUUGCUUUGGAAAUUUCUGCAAUUUGUUUUGAAGGUGAUGAAUAUUAAAGUCUCCCAAUAUCCUUUCAA